UUCAAUGCACUCGGGUAUACAUAUGGAUUAUGUAUCAAUCAAAUACUAAUGAUAAUUAUACAAUAAUACACCUAAUAUUCUUCUUUCCAUAAAAUGUGCUGAAUUGUGAUGUCAUACAUUAUUAAAGACCAAGGACAGGUAGCUGACAUGGGCAAACACUCAAAUAUUUAGUAUCCUCUUUAAGUUACAUAAGGGUUUGCAACUGUGGCAUGUAUGGGCUGAGAGUAAUACUGAUAAUAAUAAUAAGUCCUCUAGAGGACAAAACUGAAUUGCUGGGUCUCAGGAGGUUAAAGAUAAAUUGUGUAAUUUAUCCACCACUAACGUAAACAGAAUUGCCAAAAAAAAAAAAAAAAGUUUUCAAAAACGUUUCAAGCACUCCCAUUUGUUUACAAACAAGAAAAAAACUCCCAUUUGUUUACAAACAAGUUUCAGAUGCUCAAAAUUGUUUACAAACAUGCUAUAAUGCUCAAUGUUUACAAACAAGUUUGAACACUUCCAUUUGUUUACAAGCAUGCAAAUGCUUCAAAUUGUUUAAAAACAAGUUUCAAGCACUCCAAUUAGUUUUCAAACAAUUUACAAACAAGGUUUGUAAAAAAAAAAAAAGAAAAAUGUUUAAAUACUUCCAUUUGUUUACAAACACACUUCAAACACCCCAAAUUGUAUACAAACAAGUUUCAAGCACUUCCAAUUUUUACAAGCAUGCUUCAAACUCUUCCAUUUUUUUUACAAACAUGCUUCAAACAAUCAAAAUGUUUACAAAUAAGUUUCAAGUAAUUACAUUUGUUUGCAAACAUGCUUCAAACACUCAAAAUGCUUACAAACAAGUUUAAAUAUUUACAUUUGUUUACAAACACGCUUCAAACAAUCCAGAUUGUUAACAAACAAGUUUUAAACACUCCAAUUUGUUUACAAAUGCACUUUAAACACAUAAAAUUAUAUACAAACAAGUUUCCUGCACUCCAAUUUGUUUACAAAUGCACUUUAAACUCAUAAAAUUGUAUACAAACAAGAUUCAUGCAAUCCAAUUUGUUUACAAAUAAGUUUCAAACACUUCAUCUAUAUUUACAGACAAAAGUGUACUAAUUGACCUUCAAGUGUAAAGACGUGAACCACAUUCAUUUUUGCCUCUUUAUCUUGUUUGUAGAGACAGGUGUGCUUUCAUCUGGUUGCAGUUACAGUAGAUUUCUAAGAGUCAUGGUGGGGACUUUCCAUUGACUUCUAUUGUUUUAACACUUAGCUAAUUUUAUUUUCUGUCCCAUAACCACUUCUGGCCCUAAAUGUAACCAUAACAUAAACCUUUCUUCAUUUUUAAACAUUUUAGUAUGUUUAUAGAGCUGUUUACAUCAUGUCUCAAACAGUCCUACUUUUUCACACCAGGGCAGCUUUAUCAUUGUAGUUUAUGUCACUAGAGAGAUCGACACAAUCCCACAAUGAUGUCCAUGUUAAUACAUUUUUAUUGUCCAGGUAUUUUACUCAGAGAUGAGGAAUAAUCCCCCGGCCAGCACUGCUGUCAUCCUGGAAGUGCCAUUGAGUCUGGAAAUGCUCACAACUGGGCAGUUUGAUGGACAAGCAAACUUUGACGUGGUGAUAGGGAACCUUAAGGUGGCCACGCUGUACCGUGUUAGUGUGGGGGCAUACGGCUGGGCAGGGGAGGGCAGACCCAGUAUGCCCAGGGACAUCAGCACUGCCUCUCACGAGAAGUGCAUGACUCCUUCACCCCCUACCCAGCCUAACGUGGCCGCUGUGUCAGACACAGAACUGGCGUUGUCAUGGCAACACGGCGAGAGUGAAGGAAGUGCACCUGUGCAAUACUUCCUGGUGGCGUAUAUCAGGCCAGAGAUGGACACAGAGUGGACGUACAUCAGAGAACCAGUGGAGGCGAAUUCGAUGGUGCUCAAAGGUCUGAUGCCUGAUACUGAGUACCAGUUUGUCAUCAGAGCUGUAAAUGUGCACGGAAUCAGCCCUCCCAGUCCCAUUAACAACCCUGUGCGCACACUCGGUCCUUUGGAUAUGGGCAGUGGAGACUAUGAUAUCUACAUCUCAAACUCUAACACUAAAGACGAGGAUGGCUUUGAAAUCGAUGACUCAGAUUAUGACAUCUUCAUUGAGGAGAUGAAGUCAUUUCCUGACGGUAAGGAAAGUGACAGACGGUCUCAGCUCCGGUCUCGCAUCGGGACUCCUGGUAACGGAAAUGUUAUUUACAGGAUGCGUACACCUGCUUCCAGAAAUAUCAGCUUCACUACAACAACAACAGCAGCAGCGUGGACCACAUCAACAACACCUAUAACCACGACAACGGUCACUAGCUCCACCUCCACUACAAUGACCAUGCCUAUAAUGCGGACAAGCCCCGCCCGUACUACUACAGUCACUUCUCCUUUAAUGCCAUCUCCAAGUGUGUCAGUGACGCCAUGGAAAGGGGAAAGACCACGGGUCUAUGAUAUGUCAUGUGACGAGACCGUUUGCCCUGCUGACAGCUUCUGCAUUAACGAUUAUGAUAAUGGUGGCUCUCGAUGCCACUGCAACCUCGGUCGGCAAGGAGACUUCUGCACAGAAGGUCUGACGAUAAAUUUUCCAAAGUUCUACGGCUACUCUCACAUGACAUUUGAGCCCCUUAAGAACUCCUACCAGAGUUUCCAGAUCAGCCUGGAGUUUAAGGCAGAGGCGGAGGAUGGAUUACUGUUAUACUGUGGAGAGAAUGAACACGGUAGAGGAGAUUUCACCUCCCUGGCUCUUGUACGGAGAAAACUACACUACAGGUUUAACUGCGGUACGGGGGCGGCACAGAUUGUGAGUGACAGCUCCAUUGUGAUUGGUCAGUGGCACACUGUCACAAUAUUUAGAGACGGAAUGAAUGGUUGGCUACGAAUAGACAACGACACUCCUGUAUCAGGGCGUUCUCAGGGCCAGUACACUAAAAUAACAUUCCGCACGCCUUUAUUCUUGGGUGGAGCUCCAAAUGCCUAUUGGUUGGUGAGGGCAGUGGGGACCAAUCGCGGCUUUACUGGGUGUGUCCAGAGUCUGACCGUCAACAGUAAAGCCAUUGACCUCCGACCCUGGCCUAAAGGAAAUGCACUGAGCGGCGCAGACAUUGGCGAGUGCAGUAACAGUGUUUGCGAGCAGGUCACAUGUGCCAAUGGAGGAAUCUGCUUUGCCAAUCGGGCGGAUGGAUUCAUCUGCCUGUGUCCUCUGGGCUAUAAGGGUGUCCUCUGUGAGGAAAGUUUUCUGUUGUCUCUACCGCAGUUUAAUGAAAGCAUGUAUUCUUACGCCAGUGCCCCCUGGCCUCAGCCCUCCCAUAACUACCUCUCCUUCAUGGAGUUUGAGAUUACCUUCCAGCCCACCAAUCCCGACGGCACGCUGCUCUACACCGAUGACGCAGCCAGUCGCGACUUCCUGUCAAUCAACCUGGUGGGCGGAUAUGUGGAGUUUCGAUUCGACUGCGGCUCUGGUGCCACAGUUAUCAGGAGUGAUGAAGCUGUCAAUAUGGAUACAUGGCAUGAGUUACGUGUGUCUCGUACAGCAAAAAAUGGCAUUCUGCAGGUUGACAACCAGAGGCCAGUGGAAGGCAUGGCAGAGGGAGCAUUCACACAGAUAAAGUGUAGUUCUCCUCUCUACAUCGGAGGUGUUCCUAAUUAUGAUAUUACUAAGACUAGCGCUGGCGUCCUGACACCCUUCAGUGGAACUGUACAGAAGAUUUCACUGAAUGACCGCACUAUAGAGCUGAAUCCAGGUCAGGCGUUCGGGGUGAACGUGUUAAACGCAGCUCACCCAUGUGUGCAGAACCCAUGUGCCAAUGGAGGAACAUGCAGACCGAAAUGGGACGGCUACGACUGUGACUGCGCACUGGGGUAUGAUGGGAAGCACUGUCAAAAAGAGUGUGGGAAUUACUGCUUAAACACUGUCACUGAAUCUAUAGAGAUUCCUCAGUUCACUGGACGCAGCUAUCUGACAUAUGACAACAGAGAUAUUCUCAAAAGGGUAUCGGGGUCCAGGACAAACAUGUUCAUGCGUUUUAAGAGCACGUCCAAUGAUGGUCUUUUACUAUGGCGAGGGGAAAGUCCAAUGAGAGCCAACAGUGACUACCUGUCUCUGGGCCUUCAAGAUGGAGCGCUCAUUUUCAGUUAUAAUCUUGGUAGUGGAGCUGCCAGUGUGGUCCUAAAUGGAACCUUUAGUGACGGCAGGUGGCACAGAGUAAAAGCUGUCAGGGAUGGACAGUCUGGUAAACUCACCGUUGAUGAUUAUGGAGCUAAAACAGCCAGAUCUCCUGGGAAAAUGAGACAGUUAAACAUUAACGGAGACCUUUACAUCGGUGGGAUGAAGGAGAUCGCGCUGCACACAAACAGGCAGUACAUGCGUGGUUUAGUGGGAUGCAUUUCACAUUUCACUCUUGCCACAGACUACCAUCUGUCUUUGGUGGAUGAUGCAGCUGAUGGCAAAAAUAUCAACACCUGCACCAACUGAACACCUGCGAGAACGAAAACAUCAGCAACAGAUGGCAACGAAUUCACCUCGAAUUGACCACUGCAGCCAAAAUCCUUGAUGAACAUUAACCCGUUAAAAAGAAAGGGAUACCAUCAAUAAAUGCAUCUACUGUACAAAACAGCUACUUUUAAAAACAUUAAAACCGGUUCCAAAACCAGCUACAAUUAGAAAAAAGAAAAACACUAGCAUCUGCAAUAACAGUAAAGCAGUCAUAGCUGAGACUAUUUUUUUUUUUUAGCCUCAGCCUUGUCAGUAAAUAGCCCAAAUGCCAAAUCGUUUGCAGAACCAACUCAGAGGGUACUGAGGCUGGUCAAGCUUACAGUAUAAUUCUCAUUACAAGUAAGACAAGGAGACUUAGAACUAACUUUAGGACUCAUUUUGAAGCAUACAAAAACAUAGAUUAAAAACCACACCCUGGCUCCAUAUCAGUCAGGCUGGUCCUCAUACUGGUCUCUUUAGGAAGGCAGUGUUGAGGGGCAACUGUAUUAAUGUUUCUUUUGUUUUUAAUUUUGUAUAUUUAUAUCAGUAUUUAGACACAUUUAUAGAUUAAAAUGAUUUCUGAUGAAUAGAGGCUUCAGACGAGAAGACAAGUUUUCUUGUCAUGGGCAGCCCAUCAAGCUGUCAAUACACAGUACUGUCAUUGCAUAGGUUGUUUGUUUUAGAAAAUGUAGUAAAUGUCUCUCUCUGUUGAAGUAAUCUUUGCACUGUGAGGUUUUUAGGCUGCUAUAGUAGUGGAAGGACAAAGUGAUGUGUUUUUUUAUUAUUAAUCAGAGGUUGCUAUUUAAUGUCUCUGCCUCUCUUUUCCUUCUAGCUACAAACUUUUAUGAACCCCAAAGACUUUUUUAGCUACUGUAGCUCUUUGUUUUUAUUGUUGUUUAGCUCUUAAUUUAUUACGUUGCAUGUACGACAUGGAUGUCUGCAAAAAUAUAUCUCUUAAUUGUUCUGCCUUGAUGUUUAAAAAGCCUAUCAUUUUGCCAUCAAAAUGUGACUUACUGAUUUUAUUCAUGAAAUAAAAAGAA